AUGGAGUCAUUUGAAUUUGUGUUCAUAUUACAUCUUAUGAUUAGAGUACUGGGGAUGACUCAAGACUUGUCACAAUGUUUGCAAAAGAAAAAUCAAAACAUUGUUCGUGCAAUAGGAUUAAUUGGCUCUGUGAUGAGAAAUAUGAAUGAAAUGAGGGAAAAUGGUUGGGAUGCUCUUUUUGAAGAAGUAAAGGAGUUUUGCCUCCUCAACAACAUAGAAAUUCCUAAUAUGGAAGAUAUGAUACCAGUUAGAGGUCGUUCGAGAUGUCGUGGUGCUAAACUAGUGAGUUACUACCAUCAUUUUCAUCAUGGAAUUUUCAAUGUUGUGAUUGAUCAAGUUUAUUGUGAGUUAAACAAUCGAUUUCCAGAAAGAUCAACUCAACUCUUGAGAUGCGUUGCUUGUCUUGAUCCGAGGGAUUCUUUUGCCAACUUUGAAGUACAGAAGUUAGUUGAGCUUGCUAAGAUUUAUAAAGAUGACUUCUGUGAUUAUGACUGCAUAAAGCUUGCGGGUGACCUUCCUAUAUUCAUUGAUGAAGUUAGAAAUGAUGAUAAUUUUGACACUUGUAUUGAUCUUGGUAACCUUGCUGAGAAGAUGGUUCAGACUGGAAGAGAUACAGUUUUUCCUUUGGUGUAUCGUCUCAUUGAACUUGCAUUGAUUUUGCCGGUGGCAACAGCAACAGUUGAAAGAGCCUUCUCUGCUAUGAAUAUUAUCAAGACUGAACGAAGAAAUAAAAUGAAUGAUGAUUGGUUGAAUAAUAACAUGAUGUGCUAUAUUGAGCGAGAUUUGUUUGCGUCGAUUGAAGAUGAAAAAAUUCUAAAGCGCUUUCAAGGCUUAAGAAACCGUAAGAUGAAUUUGCCAAACGAGGGCUCAAGAAUUGAGGACGUCGGAACAAGUGGAAGUGGUGUUAAUUCAUGAAGACAUGUAUGGUUCUUUUUUAUCAUGGAAGACUCUUAAUUUGGUACUUUUCUACCUUCAAUAUUCUAUGUAUUGUUUGAGUCUAUUGGUUGAAUUGUGCUCUUUGAAAAA